GUCUCUUGUGUCUCCUGUUUUGGGUAAAGCGCGUUGGUCGGAGCGCCGCUAAUCCUUGGACUCGCCGUAUAGGGAUCACGUGACCUGGACCCGCGUCUCUUGACAACACGGGAGCGGUAAGAUGGCGAACGUGGCGAAGAAAGUUUCUUGGUCCAACAAGGAUGACGAGGCUCGUCCCGGAGAAUCGACCCCUUUACUGAACGGUUCGCCCACCGCCUCGCAGCCUCAGACCAACUUUUUUCGGAUUGAGAGGCUGACCACAGUGAAUUUAGAUGACGAUCCAACACAGGACCAGGAUGGAGUUUCAGCUACUUGUGUUUCCAAAGAAAUUCCACAUAAUGAAAAGCUGCUUUCACUUAAGUAUGAGAGUCUUGACUAUGACAACAGUGAAAAUCAGUUGUUUAUGGAGGAAGAAAGAAGGAUAAGCAAAAUAGGCUUUCAUGUACUUGAAAUCAAGAGAUGGAUUGUCUGUUGUCUCAUUGGAAUCCUUACUGGCCUUAUUGCCUGUUUUAUAGAUAUUGUUGUAGAAAAUCUUGCAGAUAAAAAGUACCAGCUAAUUAAAGGAAAUAUUGAUAAAUCUACGGAAAGUGGUGGAUUAUCCAUUUCACUUGUGCUUUGGGCAUCCUUGAAUGCUGGUUUUGUGAUGAUUGGCUCUUUCCUGGUGGCUUUCAUAGAGCCUGCAGCAGCUGGGAGUGGAAUUCCACAGAUCAAAUGUUACCUUAACGGAGUAAAGGUGCCUCAUGUGGUUCGACUUAAGACACUGGUCGUCAAAGUGCUUGGUGUUAUCUUCUCUGUUGUUGGUGGACUGGCAGUUGGAAAGGAAGGUCCAAUGAUUCAUUCGGGUGCUGUUAUUGCAGCUGGUAUUUCACAGGGGAGAUCCUCAACCUUAAAGAAAGACUUCAAGAUAUUUGAGGAUUUUCGCAGAGAUACUGAAAAAAGAGAUUUUGUAUCAGCUGGAGCUGCAGCGGGAGUUUCUGCUGCUUUUGGUGCCCCAGUAGGUGGUGUUCUUUUCAGCUUGGAAGAAGGAGCUUCUUUCUGGAACCAAAUGCUAACUUGGCGUAUUUUCUUUGCUUCAAUGAUUUCAACGUUUACUUUGAACUUUGUCCUGAGUAUCUACCAUGGCAACCCAGGUGAUCUGUCAAGCCCGGGUCUGAUCAACUUUGGGCAGUUUCAAAGUGAGGCCGUACAAUAUAACUGGUACGAAAUCCCUGUGUUUAUAUGUGUGGGUGCAAUCGGUGGCAUACUGGGAGCAGUGUUUAAUAGACUGAAUUACUGCCUUACAAUGUUUAGAAUCAGGUACAUUCAUCGACCCUGUCUGCAAGUGAUUGAGGCAAUGCUAGUUGGAGCAGUGACGGCUACAGUUUCUUUUGUUAUGAUUUAUGCUAUGUACUCUAGUGACUGCCAGCCUAUUGGAGAAGAUCCUAUUAAAUAUCCCCUCCAACUGUUUUGCCCAGAUGGAGAAUACAAUGCAAUAGCUACAACAUUCUUUAACACUCCAGAAAAAAGUGUUCGUAGUUUGUUUCAUGAUUCUCCAGGUUCAUACAAUCCUCUGACUCUGGGCUUGUUCACAUUAAGUUACUUUUUCUUGGCAUGUUGGACAUAUGGUUUGGCUGUGUCUAGUGGAGUAUUCAUUCCAUCUUUAUUGAUUGGUGCUGCAUGGGGAAGAUUGUUUGGAAUAUUUCUUUCCAACAUUUCACCAAACUCUACUUGGGCUGACCCAGGGAAGUAUGCUCUGAUGGGAGCAGCAGCUCAGCUUGGAGGUAUUGUACGAAUGACACUGAGCUUAACGGUCAUCAUUGUGGAGGCUACUGGAAAUGUGACAUACGGACUUCCCAUCAUGUUGGUGCUGAUGACUGCCAAAAUAUUUGGGGAUUACUGUAUUGAGGGACUGUAUGAUAUUCACAUUAAGCUGCAGAGUGUCCCUUUCCUUGGUUGGGAGCCUCCUGAAAAAUCUCAUACUUUAACCGCACGUGAAGUGAUGAGUUACCCAGUCACUUGUUUCAAACGACUAGAGAAGGUUGGACGCAUUGUGGACAUUCUCAGUGACACGACAACUAAUCAUAAUGGAUUUCCAGUGGUUGAUGAGAAUCAUGAGCCUGAAUAUGAUAAUGUUGGAAGACUAUGCGGAUUAAUAUUACGAUCCCAGUUAAUUGUCCUCCUAAAACAUAAGGUGUUUGUGGAAAGGGCAAACUCAAACUUGACACAAAGGAAGCUUCAACUUAAGGAUUUCAGAGAUGCGUACCCAAGAUUCCCUCCUAUCCAGUCUAUACAUGUAUCGCAGGAUGAGCGACAUUGUACAAUGGACUUGACAGAAUUCAUGAACCCAACCCCAUAUAGUGUGCCUGGGGAGGCAUCUCUGCCUAGGGUCUUCAGAUUGUUUCGUGCUCUUGGCUUGAGACACUUGGUGAUUUGUGAUGGAUCCAAUGGGGUAAUUGGAAUUGUUACCAGAAAAGAUCUUGCCAGAUAUCGUUUGCAUAAAGGACAACUGGAGGAACUUGAAAUGGCACAAACGUGAUUUCAUGGCAUGCAUUGCUUCGGAGACUCUGACUUGCUGGAAUUUUAACUUUUGAAAAAUUCUAGUUAAAACAUUUUUUAUACAGCCAUCAUUUUUUUGCACUUCAUGUGAAUGGAGCCUCGUGCACCAGGAUAUUUUCUGGAAGGGUGCCAGAAUUGAUCGUUUGCACUGUAACUUGUUGUAACUUAAAAUUGUACAGUUGUAUAUUUUUUAACUGGAACAAAUGUUUGCCUUGCACAGCUUUCUGUUGUUCUUUCUGGAUCAUUGUAAACUUUAGGACUUGGGAAUUAAGUAUGCAAAAUACAUGUAUAAUGUGUCUCCUAUAUGAUUAGUUGAAAUGGAACAUUUGUCUUGGGGAGCUUCUGUUAUUUUCUGAAAAUUCUGCUGCUAUUCAGAGUCAAAUAGUUAGGAGGCAAUGGAGAUGGUGAGGGAACAAUUGCCUAAAUAACAGCUUGCUGUGCAUGCAUAGGUGCCAAGUUGGAUUCCACUUUGCAGCUACGAAUUUCAUCAAGGUAUCUGUGAUGUAUGGUCAACAGAAUGUAAUUAUCUUGCAAGUGCAACUUGCCAAAGGACAGCUAAAUGAGAGCUCUAUGCAUGCAGUUAUCAUAUUCUUGCAGAACUCUACUCUAUGAUAAGUUCUCCUGUAUAACCCCAAGCAGGAGUACUGACUUUUCCCAAACAUGAAUAUGUAAAGACAAUCUAAAAGUGAGCAGUGGAUUCUAAAAAUACAUAUAUGUACCAAGUUGGAAUUGCACUGCAACUAAUAAAGGCAAAGGCCUAGCAAGAAUCUCCUACAGCUUAGCUGCUGUACAGAUGGGAGCAGAUCAGAAUCUAACUUUUGGGGUAUUUGUCACAAGUAUGAAUGGCCACCAGAAAUUGCAUUUACACAAAACCACUCUUAACCCUGAGCACAUUGUAAAUUUUUUUCAGAUUUUGUGUUUAUUGGGUUGAAUUUAUAUUUACAAUUUUAAUCAUUAGAUCAUAGAUUCUAUUAUCUAACUUUGUAUUUUAUGAAUCUCUUGUGUCAGAAGAUGUGAAAAGUACAAAGAGAUGGCAGAUGAGUUUUCUAGAGUGCAAUUUUUUUUUAAAGAGUUUGGACUUCUGUAGUAGAAGAUGUAAUUGUGCAGUGAUAAAAUGAGUAAGUACAGAAGAUAUUAGCUUAUCUGUGAUCAUGUUGAUCUGCAGCAAAUUUUGCUGUGGCAAACUGCUGAUAUGCACACCUCACUUAACACAAGAUCAAAUGAAUUUAACUUGUUAUGUUACAUAAAAAUUGAUAUUAAUAAAUAAAUGACACAACAUAAUGGGCACAAGUAAAAAGUAAAAUAAUGUUCCACUAACCAACAAAAGGUUUGACAAAACUAGUUCUUUUGUAGCUAAUCAAUGUUCUUCCAUCUAUGGUGACUUGUAUUUUAUCAUACUUAACUUUUUGUUUUAUUCUGCUUUAUGAACAUCUGAACCAUUAAGUCUUUGAUGGCUAUAUGAAUGAAACAGUAACAUGUUUUAGUCUUGGGUACUAUUUAAAUAUUUUCUCUCAAGUUUUAAGAUAUCUUUGUGCUCAUGAACUUCAAGGAAUAUUGUGAAUUUUGUUUCAUGCACAAAUAAAUGUUUAAGUUUUU